GUGUGGAGUGAACAGCUGAAAGAUGAGUCAAACAUCACUGGAGUCCAAACUGAAGGCCCUGCAGUGCCACUUCACCUGGGAUCUGGACCCCAGCAGGUCCGAACUCUGCCGUCUCAAGGACAAGCUGGAGGACAUCGGCACCGAGGAGGGAAACAGCUGGCUGGGUCACAUUUACAACCUGCGGGGGUACGUUCAAUACAAGCUGGGGUUCAGCAAAGAUGCCCAGAGUUUGUUCAACAAGGCUGCAGAGGCCUUCUGCCAGACAAGAAGAGCAGACGCAGACGAGGGUCCCUGGUUAGUGGUGAACUACGGGAACCUGGCUUGGCUGCACCACCACCUGGGAGAACAAGCAGAGAGUCAGGCUUACCUGUCAAAGGUCGACGCCCUGAUGAAUAAAUACCCAUCUCCAUCCCAGGACGAGCUCCAUCCAGAGAUCUACGCUGAGAAAGCCUGGACCCUGAUGAAGUUCAGCACAGACAAGAAGCAGCUGGCAGCAGAUUACUUCCAGAGAGCCAUCAGGAUGCAGCCGGACAUGGUGGAGUGGAAAACCAGCCACAUCUUAGUGUUGUAUAAUAUCUCAAAGUCAGUGUACACAGGACUGGAUGCUGACAUGUUGGAGAAAAUGAGAAUUGCAAAGGAAAAAGAUCCAGAGAACUUGUACCUCGCUGUUCACUACCUUGAGCAGAACGCUAAAACGAUGAAGAGAGAAAGAGUUGAAGAUGAAGCUGGAGAGUUAGCUCAGAAGAUUCUGAAGAAUCCAGUCAGCAGCUACAGCGGUUUGAAAUCUUUGCUGUGGGUUUAUUUUAAAUAUGUUUCUGUUGAUGAGGCCAUUGAUCUGGCAGAGGAGGCUCUGAGACGUCAUCCAGAUGUGCGUUAUCUGAAGAGCUGUGUUGCUCUCUGCUACAAAUGGAUCAUUACUUCCAGAGGCAGUUUCCCAAAUCAAAGCAUGAUAGACAGAGCGAUCAGCCUCCAUGAGGAGCUGAUUCCUCUUUACCCUCAGUCUUCUCUGGUGAAGAAAAUAGACCUCGCAAGCAUACACGCAAAGUCAAAUCACAGCCAGGCUAAAGCUGAGCAGAUUUACCAGGAGCUGUUAGAGAGCGAUCUGGAUCCCGAAGAGAAACAGAUGGUUUACAACAGGUUCGCACACUAUUUAAAUAUUGAUCGAAGGGAUCGUCAAGGGUCAAUACAGUAUCACAUGAAGGCAGCAGAGAUACUGUACAAAUCACGCUUUCGUGAGAACAGCAUCAGAGUUCUGGGAAAGAUUAAAGAUGCAGUUAGGAAACCGGAAGACUUAGAGGAGUUUCUGCAGAACCGGCAGGAGCCAUGA